AUGGCUAUUGCUCCAAAUAGUGUUAAGUAUAUGAUAAAGAUUGGUUAUUAUGGAUCGGCAAAGAAGGAUAUGAGUUUGAAUAAGAGGAGAUUCAAUCCAUAUCUGAUAGAAAAUAUAAAAUAUUUGUCAUCAGAAGCAGUGUUUGAUGGAAAACAAGAGCCCCCAAGUGAUAUUUGGGCUCUUGGUUGUCUGGUGGUUGAGAUGCUAAUUGGGAAGUCUUUGUGGGAUGGGAGAAAAGAUUUAGAGAUUGAGGAUAUCCUCAAUCUCUCAUAUUGUGAGAGUGAUUAUUGGUCAGAUGAUUCAAGCUUCAUAUUUGAAGAAGAAUGGAUCAUUAAUGGGUCAGAACAGGACAAGGUUAUGGAACUUUUCUCUGGGCCAAGAAGAAAGAAAGAUGACAAUUUAACCCAAGCUGUUCCGAUGUUGCUGCUGCUAAAAGCUGGAUGGGCAGUCAAGCUUUCUACUUGCUUGGCUGCUGUCCCAAGGUUUCUUGCUUUGGCAUUGGGUUGCAGAAUGCUUGUGGCGAUUGCUGCUAUUAUUGCAAGUAUGCUACAGGCAAGUUUUGGUGUAGCAGUACUUGUUCCUGUCCUCUGA